AUGUCACAAGGUACAAAUGUUGUCCAAGCAUCCGAACUCGAUACAGACGACCCCAGGCUCCCCGAUUGCCAAGCAAAGGAGCAUGCCGAGCAUGCAAGAAUGGCCUUUAGCCAUCCUAGAAAGCAAUUAGCUAACAAAAGCAAAAGCCAAGCCGGUAAGAAAACCAGUGAAGAGCUUGCUAUCCUUAUCAAUGAGAAUGCAUCGCAUAUAAAGGUACAAAAAGAGAUGCCGGGUAACUCUUGGAAAUUACCAGAUGAAAAGAGUCAAACCCACGGAGAAAGCAAGCUUUCUCCAGUGCUUUAA